AUGUUUUCCGAACCAACUCAUCCCAAAAUAGCUGCUGGUAAUCAUGAGGGUUACAUGGAGUAUGCUCUGGAGCAGGCUCGACAUUCGCCACCUGCACCUACCAAGUUCUGCGUAGGAGCUGUCCUCGUCGACGCGGAUGAGAACAAGAUACUGUCAACUGGGUGGUCACUGGAACUACCAGACAACAACCCAGAAGACCCAGGAAAGACGCAUGCAGAGCAGUGUUGCUUCAUCAAAGUAGGACAGGAACACAACCUUCCGGAAGCGCGACUCUGUGAGGUACUGCCGCGAAACACCAUCCUGUAUACAACGAUGGAGCCAUGCAACGAGAGGUUGAGUGGAAACAAACCAUGCGUUGACAGAAUACUGGCAUUGAAGGAAUGUAUCAAGGCCGUGUACAUCGGGAUCAAGGAGCCAGAAAAUUUUAUCGAUCAGAGAAUUCUCAUCGCAGGGCGGCAACGUCUACAGGACGCAGAAAUACAGGCUGUGUUUGUUGAGGGUAUGGAGGACCGUAUUCUUGAGGUUGCUUUGGCAGGCCAUUAA